AUGCACCUCAACCCCACUCCCGCCUCCGGCUCCCGCUAUGAUAAGCCCAUCGCCGCAGCCCAAAAAGAUGGACUACCCAUAAUCGACAUAUCCCCCUUCAUGGACCCCUCCUCCUCGCAAGAAGCCCGUUCAACAACCGCCUCCGCCAUAAACGCCGCCUGCAUAAACUACGGCUUCUUCUACCUAACCGGCCACGGCAUCCCCACGACCAAACUCGACGAAAUCAUCGAUUUAGCACGUGAAUUCUUUUCUUUACCCCUAGAAGAAAAGAACAAAAUCAAGCGCUUCGACGCCGGUAGCCCGGAAGGAGGCGACGGCGCUCGCGGCUACCAGGGGCUCGGCGAAAACGUGACGGGUGGUCUGCAAGAUAUGCAAGAAGCCAUUGACUGGUACCGGGACUGGCCCGCCGACAAAAGAGAACCAGGUGACGGUGGACCAGGCAGCGUCAAGAGCCUUCAAGGUGUCAAUCUAUGGCCCGAGAAACCCGCACAGCUAAGACCCGUAUACGAAGAAUACAUCUCGCGCGUCAAGAAAGUCGGCGAAGCCCUCGUGCACGCCAUGGGCGUAGCACUAGACCUCGGUCCCCCUCAAGCAGGCGCAACACAAUCGACGCAAGACGAAGAGAUCUUCCUGCGCAACUGCUCCGAUUCCUUCUGGGUGAUGCGCAUGAUCGGUUACCCACCCCUCACAACCCCCAUCUCGGGCGACGAAAACAUCGACCAAUUCUCCUGCGGCGCCCACACAGACUAUGGUUGCGUGACCCUCCUUCUCACAGACCCCACUCCCUCUUCUUUACAAGUCCUGCUCAAAGACGGCACGACCUGGCUCAACGCGGACCCGCUGCCCGGUGCCUUCGUCGUCAACAUCGGGGAUAUGAUUGAGCGGUGGACGAACGGGUUGUGGAAGAGUACUAAACAUCGGGUUAUUCAUAGGGGGGAGAGGUAUAGGGUUAGUGUGCCGUUUUUCUAUGAGCCGAAUUUUGAGGCGUGGGUUGAGCCGUUGGCGGAGUGUGUGGAGAGGACGGGGGGCAAGGGCGGGUAUGGGAGGGGGAGGUAUGGGGAUCAUUUGUUGGGGAAGGUUAGUGGGAACUUUUAUUAUAGUAUGAGGACUGAUUGGUGA